AUGGGAAUAGCAUAUAAUUAAUUAAUUAUCAAAUAGAUAAUUUAUAAAUCAAAAAAAUUCAUCCUAAUUUAAAAAUAAUAAUAUAAAAAAUAAUCGAAAAUUUACCUUGACAAAUAAUAAGUAAUCAAAAUAAUUUACAAAAACUUAAUAAUCAAAAAAUAAUCAAACAAACAAACAAACAAACAAUCAAAUAAUAAAUAAUAAAUACAAAACCUUUCUAAUCAAUAUAUACAUAUUAAACAAACAAACAUUAUAAUUAUUAAUAACAAGCAUGAUAGAAUUGCCUAUCAUUUUUUGAUAAACAAUUUCAUUCAAUUAAUUGUAUAAGAUAUAUCCAAACUAACAUAAACAAUAAAUUAUUCGCUCAUUAGUUAGAAGCUUCUCAAAUUCAAUCAAUACUCAUAUUUAUUUUUAUUUUUGAGACCAGCCUAAAUUAAUUAAUUAAUUUAUUAAUUAAUUAAACUAAAUAAAAUUGCAUAAUAUAAUGACCUACCAAAAGAUAAUUGCAAACGCAAUUAAAAACUAUUUAUUCUCCCUUAAACAUGUAGAUCUGAUCUUAUGACACAAGAAAUAUUUUGCUACAAAUACUUCAAACCCUACUUACUAUUUGUUUUAAAUGUGCAACUAAUAUUUCUCCAAAAAAAUAACGAGUAAAAAUAAAUUUAGAAGAUUCUCACUUAUGAGCUAAAAUGA